ACCUAUUGCCCCUGUGAUAGUGAGUAUCAAAUGCUGCAAUUUCACCAUUGUCUCUCUCUUCACACAAACCCUUGGAAUAAUCCCUCUAUCUUCUUCUUCCUCACCCAUCCAACUACCUCUGUUUCAAAAAGAUGGAAUUUAUUCAAGAAGAAUAGAAGAAGAAAAAUUUGUUUGGUUGAAGCUGUGGAAAAAGAUUCUGAAUUUGAAAUUGACCCAGAUAAAGCCCGUGAAGCUUUGAGAAAACUUGAUGAACAGCUUCAAACCCUUUCUCAGAAACAAAUUGACCCUCCAAAGAUUAGGGCUACUGACGUGACCCGUGCUAGCAGCCAAGUGAGAGAAGACACUCGCGAUCCUGAAGGAUCCUUUUUGACUUCCUUAGCGUUCGGUCUCUUACUCUUCACUAUUUUCUAUAAUAUACUCUUCACUACUGUAAUCAAACCAGCAGUUGAUGGACCAGAAACAGUUGCAGAAAUAGACUUAUAUGCUUCAAACUCUUGAAGCAGCACAGGUACAUCAUAUAGAUGGAGUUCAUAAUGAGCUGUGAAAUAACAUU